UCCCAGAUACAUCGAUGCGAUCGAUUUUGCAUCCGGGUAUUAAUCAUCCUGCGUAGCCUCCGCUCCUUCCUUUUUGCUGAAUGUGACAGCCAUGGCCCCCAUCAAAAAGCAGGUGUUCAGGAAGUCAGGUGGGAAGAGGAAGAAGCAGGUCCUGAAAUUCACCUUAGACUGCACUCACCCUGUCGAGGAUGGCAUCAUGGAUGCGGCCAACUUUGAGCAGUUCCUGCAGGAGCGCAUCAAGGUGAACGGCAAGUCUGGAAACCUCGGAGGAGGUGUGGUGUACAUUGAAAGGAGCAAGAGUAAAAUCGCAGUGAACUCUGAAGUUCCCUUCUCAAAGAGGUACCUGAAGUAUCUCACCAAGAAGUACCUGAAGAAGAACAACCUCAGGGACUGGCUGCGUGUUGUGGCCAACACCAAAGAGAGCUACGAGCUGCGCUACUUCCAGAUCAACCAGGACGAAGAGGAGGAAGAGGAGGAAGAUUAAAUCUGACGCCCCUUUUAAUAAAAACUGAGAAGAAAGUAA